AUGCUCGUCUUAUCUUUUGACUGUCAAAAAAACUUGGUAAACCCAAAAGUCCAAGAUCAGAUCGCCUAUUAUAGCCGCCAGCUCUACACUUAUAACUUUACCAUCGUUAAGGGUUCCUCAAAAACUAAAUUACAAAAUAAUAACGUGUUCUUAUACACCUGGAUGGAACACGAGUUCCAUAAAGGCUCGAACGAAAUCGCCUCAGCUGUUUUCCAUUGCCUAUCAGAUCUCAUAAAUAUGUCGGGUUACAGCAAAAUAAGAUUGUGUGCAGAUGGCUGCGGAGGGCAAAACAGAAACUCCACAAUGGUUGCAAUGUGCAUUUACUUCUUGGGGAAUAUCGCACCGCCCCAUAUUGGUGAAAUCGAGCUGGUUUUUCCCAUUAGAGGUCAUUCAUUCCUACCAUCGGACCGUGUAUUUGGAAUCAUCGAAAAAAAAUUAAGAAAACUUAGUGAAAUCACAAACCCCAACACGUAUAUCGAUAUCUUUAAGGAAAGAGGAACCGUCAUUAAUUUAAGAGAUUCUGGUGUCAAAUCUUGGAAGGAAAUUGCAAAGGAGUAUCUGAAAGGUGUGCAGUCUUGGCACUUUAAAUUUUCUAAAGCGAAAAGGAUUGUUAUUGAGAAAAAUGGUGGUAAGAUAACAGUUAGAGGCCAAGAACACUACAACAGUGAUGUUGGAGAAUCCAAGACAAUUUUUAAACGUGGGAAAUGA